GAUUUGCUGUUGCGCUUCUACUCCCCACAUCACGGGUUCGUGUGAGGAACAGAGCCUGUCCAAAACACAGACCCAUAUCAGCCGGAAGACUGUAAGCAGGACGCCGACAGACUCCAAAAUCGGUGGUUUAAUCAUGGCACAAAUGUUCAGUAUCUCGGACAAUGAGUCAGAGACCGAGACAUCGGAAGACUGUGAGGAAUCGGGCCAGGUGAAAAAUAACAGUGGAUCACCACAGAGAACGCAGCAUCUCGCUGUGCCUGGUAGGCUGAAAGGAGAACAACUAGGGAGACACCGGAAUCUUUCCAUGAAUGAUGAGGACCUGCUGGAGACCGGGGCAGCAGAUGAAGGCGAUUUGGUUGGAGGUGAUCCUUUCAGGCCUAGAUCCCGCUCGGCUCCUCCUGCUUUGUGGGCAGCUAAGAAAUAUGGCCAACAGCUAAGGAGAAUGAGUGAUGAGUUUGACAUCCUCCUUGAUAAAGGGAUGAAGAGGGUGAAGAGUGCAGGAACAACACGUCAGAUGCGGCAGUCCCCCAGCUGGUUGGCCUUCCUUUGGAGUCACAAAGAGUCUGAUGCUGAGUCACGCCCCGCUGAGUGACUGACAGUGAAUGAAUGACGGAAGAAGAGAGAAAAGAGGACUACUGUACAUAACAAUUGGUGGCAGAAAAAAAGGAUGCACUGCUGUGAAGAGAAGGGAUAAUUCCAUCGACUGGUUUUAAACCCUUUUCAUGAACUGCACUGGGGACCCUUGACUGUGGAAAAGCAUAAUCGGUUUCUCACUGGCAUGUGCUAGCCCACAAAAAUGACAAAACCGGAGAAUCUCCAAUUUUCUUUGAGCUCUGGGAAUAUUACGCAGUAAAUCUCAUGAAUGUGAGAAAGCUGGAUAUCAGCUUGUUCAAAUCAUAGACUUCCUGUCACUCUGCCACAUCGGUUUUCAUAUUCAGAUGAAAUCAA